CUAACAGCGACGUUCAACGUUAAUGUUGUUCUCGGGAACCCCAACUUCGCGCUCUGCGUCUGCUACAAGAGCCUCCGCCUUGCGCUCCUCUUCGACAACCUCGUCAUCUGCUCCUCCACCGCCGCCCAGACCGACACCCCGGCCCGAGCCCGGUACGCGGUCUUUCACAUACGGUUCCCCGACGGCGUCGUUAGAUAA